AUGUCUGCCCCCAUCACUCAAGCAAGCAGUCCCUCAGAUGAAGGACCUUCCCAGAAUGAAGUGGAAGAACGUUGGACUCAAGCCCUAGAGAAUUAUCGCAAGGAGACCGGACGCGAACUACUCAAGCACUCCUUCGCCGCCAACAUCCUGUCUCGAUCGAGCACGGACGACGUCAUGGCGCAGUUCGCUGACUUCAAGACCUUUCGCAACCGCGGACGCAAGUUCCGGGUGGUGUUGAAGCCCAUCGUAGCUGUCGUGCUCCGGUUCAUCGAUGCUGGCGCAGAGGCAGGAUCUUCGGCUGCACCGGGUGGGAAGGCCAUCUUCGUUGCGAUCGGAGCAUUGCUUCAGGCCACGAAAGGCGUCAGCGAACUCUACGACACGAUCGAGUCAUUCUCCCAGAUAAUCAAGGAUUACGCCGACCGCAUGCACAUUCACCUGGAAUCCUCAGUUCAACCCGCUCCCGAGGUCAUGCGCAUCCUCCUUGAUACGCUUGUCCAAAUCCUGAACUUCAUCGGCAUCGUCACCAAGUACUGCAACAGAGCCAUCGAGAGGAACUCAGUGAUAAAGAAAGCCAAAGAUACAUUCACCUUGCGUGCGGGGGAUUACUUUCGAGUGAUGGUCGGCAAGGUUGACGUUAAGGAUGCGCUUAUGAAGCAUGAAGAACUCGCGAAGGCGGAGUUGCGGAUGACGACUGCGCAUACCAAUUCGAUCGUCCGGGAGAUGCAAGUCACUACCACGUGUACCGCUACCAUUGCGCGAGAAUUCCAACCGAGGGUUAAGUUCAUCUACGACAGCACCGUCGCUAAGGAGCUACGCUCAUGGCUGAAUGCGCCCAAGAACCAUCAGCCAUUGAAUUACGCGAAUAAACGGGAAGUUGGGAGUUGCAAGUGGUUCUUCGACGAAAGGUUUGAGAAAUGGAAGCAACAGCAGAACAGCAUAUAUUGGGUCCAUGGCAACGCCGGUGCUGGGAAGAGUGUGCUCAGCUCCUCUAUCAUCGACACUCUCAAGGCGGAUGACACACUCUUUCUGGUCUAUUUCUACUUUGAGUUCAGCGAUGUCAAGAAACAGGAUUGCCGCGCACUUGUUUCUUCCUUGGUUCUGCAAUUGGCAUCAAGCUCUGCCCAGUCUCUCGACUACCUCUUAAAGCGCCGCUCGACUGAUUUCCCCUCUUACGAGGACCUUCUGGAUAUGCUGUCACAGUUACUGCGCCUCUCCGGACGGACUUUUGUCGUCAUCGAUGCGUUUGAUGAGUGCCCUGAAUCGGCUCGGGACAAGGAGAUGGCCAUGUUUUUUAAAACGCUUGCGAGUCCGGUUGACUCGGUUGACCUGCACCUUCUCAUUACGAGCCGCCCCGAAAGAGACAUAGGACGGCGCCUUUCUCCCCUUGCCGCGCACUCCCUUGCUCUUCAUGCUACCCCGAGCCAUAUGCAGGAGUUGAGACAUUACAUCAAACGUAGACUGUCUGAUCGAGUCUUGUACAACUGGCCCUUGUUCACCAAAUAUUUGGCUGAACGUGUGUUGAUGGAGAAGUCACAGGGAAUGUUCCUGUGGAUCGAACUACAGCUUCGCGAUUUGAAGAAUUGCUCUCCGCAUGAUGUAAAGCGUGCCCUGUCUGAGCUGCCAUCCGGCCUCGAUCAAACAUACGAGCGAAUUUUACGUAAUUCCUCUUCAAGCCCUGUCAUGAUCGAACGCGCUUGUCGUAUUCUCGAGUGCGUCGCCUGUGCUAAGCGCCCUUUGUCCCCGAAGGAAGUUGUCGAGAUCUUCUAUACAGAUUUGGAUCCCGAUGCUAAGAUCCCCUUUAGCAAGGAUUCAACGGCACAUAUAGAUGAUCCAGAGCGAUUUCUACGAGAAGACAUGAAAUGUCCUAGCCUCUUCAGUAUUGUGGACGCCAAUUGGUGGGCUCAUGGUCAGAAGCGGGUGGUCCAGUUUAUACAUUUCUCAGUCAAGGAAUAUCUUAUGGCUCAAGCUUCCGCGUCUAGUGGCUACAGGCUCACUCCUGCUGACGCCGAGAUCACUUUGGCACGAGUAUGUCUUCUGCAUCUCAUACACACUGACCUCUCGGUCUCGUCGUUCUAUGCCUAUGCGGAUAAAUACUGGGACCAGCAUGUCUCUCCGCAAAACGAACAGAUAUAUGAAGACCUUCUGUACCGUUUUCUUCACAUCAACUCUGCCCCUUGCAAGCGCUGGAUGGAGCACAAUGGACUACUGGGUGUUCAGCAACAGUGGCCCGACUCACAUACAAACUACUGGUCACUUUCGCACUGGCAGACCGCGUUCGGAAAGUCAAUCUCAUUAGGACUCUGUGGCAACGUGAAGAAGAUACUCGAGUUACCUGGCAUCGAAGGGCACGACACCCGCAUGAUCGCGAGAUUCCGCGACGAUUUUCGGGCGACUCCAUUACACGAAGCCGCACGAUGUGGAAGGACUGACAUUGCUCGCAUCUUGCUUGAGCACGGUGCACAGGUAGAUGAUGUUGACGAUUCUUACCGCACACCGUUGCAUACGGCCGUAUACGAAUGCAAUGAAGACAAGAGCUGUUUGCGCCUUCUGCUCGAGUGUGGCGCCUCAGUCCACUUGACGGCUGAUGAAUCUAGUGAUACCCCUCUCCACAUGGCGGUGAAACGUGGACGGGUCGAUGUUGCUUGUAUCUUGCUUGAAUAUGGUGCGCUCGUUGACAGCAGGAAUGAGUACGGCGAGACAUCCUUGCAUUGCGCGGCGAAUGUUUUUUAUGAAGUGGAACACUCGAGAGCUGCCAUCCGUCUACUAGUAGAGCACUGUGCUGAGAUGCACGGCUCCGAGACAACUAUCUCCUUCAUUCGUAUGGGGGAUUGGGUCGGGAGAACGGCUUUACACUGUGCCGUUUGCACGGGAUCCAUUGAGAUCUGCUGCACGUUGCUCGAUUAUGGUGCCACACUGAACGCAGCCGAUGAAGAUGGAAAUACACCCUUGCAUCUAUCUGUAUUCGACCCCUAUCAUGGCAAAGAGCGGUGCCAUUUUCGGUCUACGAAUCUCCGAGUCGUCGAGUUUCUUCUCGAGCACCCGACAAAUUGUAGUCUGUCCGGAGGCAUCUCUUUGACUCAGAUUCGUAACAAAAAAGGAGAGACUGCAUUGCAUUUUGCCGCGCAAUUAUGGGGGGGUGUUUACGACGACGACAAGGGGCCAGUGAGUGACCUGAUCCACGUCUUACUUCAGCAUGGAGCUCUCGCAGACAUGGAAAACAAUGAUGGCAAGACCCCGCUGUAUAUUGCUUUAGACGAAGGGGAUCCUAUGGUUGCCGAAGAGCUUUUGCAUCAUAUCACGGCAAAAGGGGCAGAUAAUCGAGAAAGUCUCAACGCAGAACUCAAAAGCCUCCUGCGCCGGCGCGCGACAGGCCAAGACGAUGAUACACAUCAGGACUUGAAGUCUUGGCGUGAUCUCCAAAGAAUGUACAUCUCGGACUACGAUGCCUGGUCUGAUUCGGGCGACGAUACGUCGUCCGAAGAAGGCAGCGAAGCAUCUGGCCUCGUAGCGUAG